CUUGUUUGGAGUUAAUGAUUAGAUUGGUUUGGUCUCAUCUGGUUUAUUUUGUAUGUAGAUAUUGGAGGGUCUUCUUAAACUACAAGAGAACAGAGAAUGCGCAGACUGCAAAACCAAUGCUGCCUUUUUUUGGUGCAGAGCUCCGCGAUGGGCUAGCGUGAACCUUGGUAUCUUCAUAUGCAUGCAUGCAAUGUUCAGGGAUCCACAGGAGUCUUGGGGUACAUAUAUCAAAGGUGAGAUCUGCCAAUUUGGAUACAUGGCUUCCGGAGCAGGUUGCAUUUAUCCAAUCAAUGGGAAAUGAUAAGGCGAAUAGGUAUUGGGAAGCAGAGUUGCCUCCUAAGUAUGACAGAGUUGGAAUUGAGAAUUUCAUUCGAGUAAAGUAUGAACACAAAAAAUGGGUUCCUAGAGAUGGGAAAGUAAAAUCACCUCCGAGGGUGAGUAAGGAGAAGCCUUCCGUUUAUAGAGCGAGAAAUGCGACUAGUAGUCAGCAUGUCCAUGUGAAAAAGAUGGAACAGUUUUCUGAGGAGCAGAAAGGUGCUUGUACACUCAGUACACGUAACAGGACUACGCAGCAGAUCAGUCGUGAUCCAAAGCCCACAAGAACUUGCACAGAAACCAAAACCACAAGAACUUGA